AUGCAGUCCGGAAUCUCGGCUUCGGAGGAGCUCCAAGCUCAAUUCAACUCGCUCUUGUCGUCGACGAGCGACUUUGCCCUCGUCAUCACCAUCGAGCGCGAGGCCCUGGUGCCCGUGGCGACGCUGCCGGCCAAGUCGUCUUCUUUUGUCGAUAACCUGCCGAGCAUCCAGGAGCAUCUCAAGCCCAACGCGGCCCUGUACAUGAUCAUCCGUCGGUACGACACGGCGCCGCGGUUCGUCGCCGUCACCUACGUGCCGGACGCGGCUCCGGUGCGGCAAAAGAUGCUGUUCGCCUCGACGCGGCUGACGCUGGCGCGCGAGCUGGGGACGGAGCACUUUCGGGAGACCAUCUUCACGACGACGACGGAGGAGCUGAGCGAGGCCGGCUUCAAGAAGCUCGACGCCCACAACCAGCUCGAGGCGCCGCUGACCAAGGUGGAGCGGACGCUGGGCGAGGUCAAGAGAGCGGAGCAGGAGGCGGGGGCGGGAACGGCAACAAAGGAGAUUCAUCUCAGCAAGAGCCUGACGAUGCCCGUCGCCGAGGACGCCAUCGCGGCCAUGAGGGACGUCGGCCAGGACGGCGGCCGGUUGGUGACGAUGCUGAAAAUCAACGGCGAGACCGAGGUGGUCGAGCUCGUGGCCGAGUCGCCGAAGCCGGCUUCGAUCGGCGAGCUGUCACGGGCCAUCUCGUCGACGGAGCCCCGAUUUACGUUUUAUCGAUUCACGCACACGCACGACGGGAGGGAGGAGAGCCCGGUGCUCUUCUUCUACACGUGCCCGGCGGCCGAGGGCAGCAAGUCGAUCAAGAAGCGGAUGAUGUACCCGCUCAUGAAGCGUGCGGUGCUGACGAUUGCCGCGACCGAGGCGGGGCUCACGCUGGCGAAGAAGUUUGAGGUCGAGGAGCCGAGCGAGAUUACGGAGCAGAUGGUGCUCGACGACCUGCACCCCAAGGCGGCGGCCAGACAGGGCUUCAGCCGGCCGAAGCGACCCGGGCGGUGA